AUGGCUAGGAAGACUAGCCAAGUGGAGGCCGCCGGCCCUGUUCUCGCCGGCCGUAUAACCCGGGCGAGACCUGCCCGCAAAGGGGUCUCCGCCGCAGCGGCUGCGGCAAUCGCCAAGGGAGGGGAAGACCCCGCGCCCGUCCACGGGCAGCCCCCAGCAUGGGCAGAGAGUCGACCAGACCUCUGCGAUGCUCUGCCCUGGUUCCGUUCGUUACAGGGAGGUAUAUACUACAGGGACGAGCUGUGCUGGGGUUGUCUGGUGGACGCGGACAGCGGGGUCCGCUCGUAUAUAGAUGAGGAGAUCCUCAUCACCAGGAUUGGUGGUGGGUGCGAGAGGGACGCGGAGGGGAACCUGGUCCCUAUAAAAGACCAGGACGGGCAGGGGCCUGCGUUCCGGGCUCUGGAGAACAGCCGGAGGAUCGGCCUGCCGGUCGGGAUUGUAAUCGGUGACCGAAACACGGUCCUUGGGAGGAAACUCCCACACCGUUACAACGUGAUGGCCUUCUUCCGAAUCACGAACAUAUGGUAUGAGAAGGUCGGCGGCAAAAAAGGGGCCAAGAUCCGUUUCGAGAAAGUCGAUCUGGCGGAGAAGAGCUGGUGGGCAGCCCCGGGCACCCCCGCUCCCGCGUGGCCGCGCGAUUUCAGCACGCGGCCUGAAAGCAUCCAGUGCGCGGAGUGCUCGCACCACAGCCUCCGUAUAUUCAACGAAGGCUGGAUGUGCCUUUACUCGACCUGCGCACGGUUCUGGACGCUCAACGGUUCUCCCGCCCCUGCCAACCUUACCUACCAUCCCGACUUCCUUAAUUCACGCACCCCUCCUGAUCCGACGGCCCAACCAGAACAUAGCCUUGUUCCGGAUCUCCUGUCCACGAUUCCUGAAGACGAUGCAGACGCCACCUAUUCUCGCAUGGCCUGGAAAGGCAUCGUGUGUCCGCAAUGCAAAAAGUGCAUCUCCAGGAAGUUCUGGAAGGGGUGGAAGUGCUCUGACGCUAUCGACCAGCGCCACGCAGCUCCUUCAGGAGUCUGCACCUUUGAGAAAACGAUGAGGAUGGCACCGAUCUCGUUAAGAUCCGUCUCUGAUGACUUCGAACUCGGUCCUGUUCAACGCGCUAUCCUUGCCGACUCCAGGUAUGCACUGGUAAACGUCGAUAAAGGUUCAUUGGCUCCGUACUACACUCGAGUCACGUAUACGCUGAAUGGGGUUGGUACUAUCACCCAUUUCGUUGCAAACAAGGCGGCCACAGCGCGUCCAGAUGGGCCGAACGACCUAUUCCGGCAGCUACAGGUGGCGGAUGUCGGCUUGCGGCGAUAUCCCCUGCAGCAGAGUGUUGUUGCAGGUACACUGACCUCUCACUUCGCGGUGAACUACGGCAUGCCGUACAAAUACGUGGUUUCGGUUGACUCCAAGGGAUUCGAUGAAGCGCCUCCUGAGAUCAUGAACGCUCUAGGACGCUUAACCUGGGCGACUGAGCAAGCUGUUUCUGCUGCUGGAGGCUCUGUGCUGCACCCGAACGAGCUUCUCAUGCUAGGAUACUUCGAAGACAUGGCCAUCGGAUUUCAUGAUGAUGGAGAGUCAUCACUUGGGCCGACAAUUGCGACACUCUCUCUCGGCGCGAAAGCGACAAUGAGUAUCCGGAUGAAGUAUAAAUACUACUACGGUUGCAGCAAACUCAAGAAUCUGAUUGCCGAGGACCCUGUACUGGAUCACUGCUGUCAGCACGACAAGAGAGCAAUCCUUAAGGACCAGCGCAUGAGAGGAGAGAUCACAGAGGAGGCGUACGCACAACAGCGAAGAGCUCUGAUCGACAAACGACGAGAACCUCCAACCUUUAUCAAGAUGAGCAUCCAUCAUGGUGACUUUGUUGUGAUGCACGGUGAGAACUUGCAGAAGUACUACGAGCAUGCCGUUCAGCCGGACAAAGAGAAGAAGCUUCGAUUCGCUUUGACAGCACGAUACGUGAAACCAGACCAUGUCAGUGGCCAGGAGAGACAGAAGGGAGUCUUCGAUGCUGCAAGUGUCGAGUACCGCGGCGACUAA